CAGCUGACUGUUUCUGCCAUCCGGACUCCUCGAUUGUUAUGACGAUAUGUCAUGUUAGGGGUCCUAACACGGACCCAGUCCAAGCUCCCCCUUCAAGGCCCAGGGCAACCAAGUACGUAAAGGCCUGCGGGGACCCUGAGUAAGCUACCCCCUCGUCAAGGUGCCCUGCGCUCUAGCUCCAGUCUGCGCAUCACUCAACCCCCCUCUCUCCCAGGGCGGUAGAAAUACCAUUAUCCCCGAAACUUGGUCGGACUCCGAUUAGUUUUCCCAUCCUUCCUCCUGUCAACAAAAAAAACUUUCUGUCCUCUUUGCUGCCGGCUUCCCUAAAUCCCCUCAGCUCCGUUUCCCUGCCUUUUUGAACACAAGACCCUGCUGGACAGAACCAACCGACAAGAUGGCCGCUGACCUGCACACUGCUGGGGCCGUCGAGCUCAAGGAGAACACUGUCAUUGUUGUCCUUGGCGCGUCCGGCGAUCUCGCAAAGAAGAAGACUUAUCCAGCCCUUUUCGGCCUCUACCGGAACCAGUUCCUGCCCAAGGACAUCAAGAUCGUCGGAUAUGCCCGGACAAAGAUGGACCAUGACGAAUACAUCCGCCGAAUCAAGACAUACAUAAAAACUCCCACGAAGGAUACGGAACAGCAGCUGGAGGAGUUCCUCAACAUUUGCUCAUAUGUCUCUGGUCAAUAUGACCGUGACGAGUCCUUCCAACAGCUCAACCAGCACCUCGAGAAGCUCGAGUCCGACAAGAAGGAGGCCAACAGACUCUUCUACAUGGCCCUGCCUCCCAGUGUUUUCACCAUCGUGUCGCAACAUUUGAAGAAGUGCUGCUACCCAUCAAGGGGCGUUGCCCGUGUCAUUGUCGAGAAGCCAUUCGGCAAGGACCUUGCCAGCUCCCGGGAACUGCAAAAGUCUCUGGAGCCCGACUGGAAGGAGGAGGAGCUCUUCCGUAUCGACCACUACUUGGGCAAAGAAAUGGUCAAGAACAUUCUCAUCCUUCGAUUCGGUAACUCGUUCCUCGGUGCCACCUGGAACAGGCACCACAUCGACAAUGUCCAGAUCACCUUCAAGGAGCCAUUCGGCACCGAAGGCCGCGGCGGUUACUUUGACGAGUUUGGCAUCAUCCGUGACGUUAUGCAAAACCAUCUUCUCCAGGUCCUUACACUCCUCGCCAUGGAAAGACCCAUCUCCUUUUCGUCCGAGGAUAUCAGAGAUGAGAAGGUGCGGGUACUCCGCGCCAUCCCCGCCAUCGAGCCCAAGAACGUCAUCAUUGGACAGUAUGGCAAGUCGCUGGACGGCAGCAAGCCCUCGUACAAGGAGGAUGACACAGUGCCCAAGGAUUCGCGCUGCCCAACAUUCUGCGCGCUCGUUGCCUACAUCAAGAACGAGAGGUGGGAUGGCGUACCGUUCAUCAUGAAGGCGGGCAAGGCGCUUAAUGAGCAAAAGACCGAGAUUCGUGUUCAGUUCAAGGAUGUUACCUCGGGAAUCUUCAAGGACAUUCCACGCAACGAAUUGGUUAUGCGCAUUCAACCGAACGAGAGUGUCUACAUCAAGAUGAACUCAAAGCUCCCCGGUCUGACCAUGCAGACGGUCGUCACCGAGUUGGAUCUUACCUACCGCAGACGCUUCUCGGAUCUCAAGAUCCCCGAGGCCUACGAGUCGCUUAUCCUGGACUGCUUGAAGGGUGACCACUCCAACUUUGUUCGUGACGACGAACUCGACGCCAGCUGGCGCAUCUUUACUCCUCUCCUCCACUACCUGGACGAUAACAAGGAGAUCAUCCCCAUGGAAUACCCAUAUGGCUCGCGUGGCCCUGCCGUUCUCGACGACUUCACAUCGUCGUACGGAUACAAGUUCAGCGACGCUGCUGGGUACCAGUGGCCGACCACGUCGGCUCUAGGACCUGGAAACAAGUUGUGAGUAGCUUGUCACAUACUGCAUGGCGUUUUAUUUCUGGGGCGAGGUUUCUGCUACAGUACGGUUGAGCACCCGUUAAACUCUGGCUUUCAACACAGUUGAGCGCAUCUCGAACUUGAUGGCGACAAUUUUUUAGCAAAUGGGGAUAUCAGUUAUUAGAAACGACCGGUGUUUUUGUAUGGGAAAGAAACGUCUCGGUUAGACUUUUCAGGGCAGGAAGCCGAGCCGGAAUGGGCGGGAACAGGGACAACGACGAAUGACGCCAGAGGAACCGUCUUUUUCCCCCUUCAUACGGGCUGGGCAAAGGUUGUUUGUGUUCUUGAUGAUCGGGUAUAGGUAGCCAGCCAACAUUCGUGGGAAGAGAGGAAUGGCUUAAAUAACG